AAUUUGAAGCGUUCCAUAAAGUGCUUCUAAAAAGUGUAGUCUCAUUUUCCCGUACUGAUAUCUAAAAUCAGAUUUGGUUAAAACAUAAAUAUUGAUAUGCCUGCUGGUUGCUAGGAACUUAGGCUUGGCGCAAAUCAAUAGUGGUCGUUUACAAGAUUUAUGAUCGGCACAAUGCAUUCGCUAACUUAACAUUUUAGUAAGGCAUAGUAAAUAAGAUAUUUAUAAAUAGGUAGCUUAUUUAUAUUCUUAUAUUCAUUCAGCCAUUAUUGCAUGCAGUGCAUACCUACAGCGUUGUAACCAAAAACAGAUGACGUCCCGAGCACGUCUCACUUCACACCCGAGGAAUGUUGCUAGCUCACAAACUUUUCCCAGUAUUCGCAUUUUAUGUUAAAUGUCUAAACGCCUGUUCGAAAUCAACUUAAGUGUAGUGGUUUUUGAUGCUUCAAUAUAAGUCGUGUACAUAGAUUCUGUAUGUUCUUAAUUCUGUAGCUUUAAAAUUAGCUCUCUAUCUAAACACCUUUUCAAUAAAAAAAUUAUUAAAAGGGCCAGAAACGCAGGGCCUUGAAUAAAAAAAAAAGAUAAAUAAACUAGAUUAAAAAUCAUAACAAACGAUCUAUGGUGUUGUUUAGAUUUUAAAACUGAUAGUAAAAAGUAUCGUAAUUAUUUUGAAAUCUGAAUACUUUCUUUAUAAUGUGUUACAAAUUAGUCCUAACUUUUAAUUAUUUCUCAGUUUAUAAUAUCAGAAGGGAUAAUAAAUGGAUUUAAUAAAGUUUUAACAAGAAUAUCCACAUCAGUAAGUACCAAUAAUGUCAUAAAUUCCUCAUGAUGAUGGAGGAAGAAGCGAAGGUUUCUUUAGCUACUAACCACCUUCUUAUACCUAAGAAGGAAAUUGUCGAAGAACUCGAGAUCACAUUUGAAAAGGAUCACAAAGAUAACACAAAGUUUAUUGUUCCCAAAGAGGAACUGUCCAACUCCAGUUUACACCUUGAUGAUGUAUAUACUGAGGCGGACCCGUUAAGAGCUAUUAAGAGUGAACAAAUGUCAAGUGAUGAUGAGAUCAAUAGGUUGGAACCCAGUGAAAAGACAACAGAUGUGUGUAUGGAUAUUGCAGCAGUAUACAUUAAGACUGAACCGAAUGCUGAAGCUAGUAUCUCUGCGGACAGUUCCCAAAACCUCUGCCCUCCACUGCUGGAGGAGUGCCCGCAGACAAAGCACGGGACUAGUAGAGACAUUUUGAGCGCAGUUCCCGCGUACCAUUCUAGCGAAUCCGACAGUGAAGGGGUAAAGCGAGCGAAGAAACAGAGGCGGGACAAGAAAUGGAUCGUCAUCAACCAGUACCCAAACGCGGAGGAGGCUGAGAGCUUCGUAAAAUCCGAGAGCACCUGGUCGCGUAACUAUACGCGUACGUGUGAAGACGGUACGAAGAAGUUUUACAGAUGCAACAGAGUGAAAAAAAGAGGACCCCAGUGCGAUGCCGAGCUCUAUUUCUUGUACGUGAACGAUGGAGAUAAAGUGAUCGCGUAUCAGACGGACUGCGAGCAUAACCACGAUGCUAUUGGCACACGGGACAGUUAUGGUGUUCACGAGAAAACAAAACACGAAAUCGAUAAACUGCUCGGCCUGCGGUUGAAGCCAAAAGGCAUUCUAGCGGCGCUCAGUAAGAUACAAGGAGUGAAAAUGCCAACCAAGAGACAGCUCGAUAACUAUUUAUGCGAUCGCAGAUCGGCGGCGUUCGGGAGGUCUGCUAUUUAUUUGGGGGAAUUAGAGCAAUGGAUACAUAAUCGUACCGCUAUUCCGGAUGACGAUAACGAGGUAUUCGUCAUAAGUAACCACAGAACAGAAGGAAGUGAGCCCAGUUUCCGAUUCGCUCUAUCUACGAAGAGAUUGCUCGGGAUGAUACGCUUUACGGACGUCAUGCACGCCGGUGCCACGUAUAAUCUGAUAUGGCAAGGUUUUCCGGUUUUUACAGUUGGUGCUACGGACGGAAAUCGUAAAUUCCAUCCACUUUGCUUGUGGGUCGCGUCGAAUCAGCGCCAGGAAGACUUCCAAGCGAUAUUUGAUGGACUCAAAGAGAAGGUUAUGCUGAUUUAUGACCACGUCAUGCGACCGAGGGUUCUGGUUUGCGAUGGAGCGCACCACAUACAAAACGCAUUCCACGCAGUCUUCGGCGUGGAACCGAUCACCCGCAUAUGUUGGUCACGCACUAAGAAAAAUAUGCAGAAGAUUGUUGCGAAAAUUGUAACGCAUAACGAUCAGAAGAGCGUUUUGGAGGAUAUAGAUUCCCUACAUAACGCUUCAUCGCCCGAAGUAUUUCACGCCGCAGCGCAAGCGUUCCUCACGAAGUGGAAACACGAAACGGUUCUUGUACAGCAUAUAAAAGAGGAAUGGCUGAACAAGAAUUCCAAUUGGUUCCUGGGUGCAGCUCCUUUAUCGCCAUCAACGAAUGACGCUUUGGAAUCGUUUAAUCGAAGCAUCAAAGAGCACAACGCAGUGCGUGAACGGCUACCUUUGGCUAGAUUCCUGACAGUUUCUAUGGAGAUGGUUGGACAGUGGUCGCGAAAAACCUCGCUGCCCGAAGCGAAAACUAUAGAACAAAAAGAAUGGACGGAGGGUUACGUCUGGGCGAAGGAAAACGUCACAACUGAUAUAAUAUCAUCAGAUUCCACGAGUAAAGUAUAUCUAAUUCGGAAUGAAAACGCUGGUAGUAUCGACUGCAAUCAAUCUUGGAGCACUUUUGACGAAUAUAAAAGGCAUAGCAUUGCUUUCCAGAAAACAACGCUGCCAGAUUCAGACUAGGAAAAGGGUUCUUGCGACUGUCCCCAAUUCUUCACAAAGUACAUGUGUAAACAUAUUUUGGGUCUGGCGAUACGGCUCAA